CUCUUAGAGAUUGAUUGUGAUGGAAUAAUAAUGUAGGUGGUACCUCCUUUCCUCACAAUAUUUUAGAACUAGAAGGAACCUUAGAAAUAGCCAAAAAGCCCAUCUUUUACAGAAGAGAAAAUUUAGACUCGGGAAUUAUAUCUAAAGUCAUCCAGCUAAUUAGUGACAGAGCCUAAAUUAGUAUUUCCUGAAUUAAAACCCAAAGCUUUUCUACUAGAACAUAUUAUAUAUUAUAAUGGAGAAAACGUUAGACUGGAAGUCAGAUUCUGACUUUCUCAGGAAACCUUUUGAAUAAGAACAAGUUUACUUCAAUAAAUGAAGGAGAAUAAAGAAAAUUCCAGCCCUUCAGUAACUUCAGCAAACCUGGACCACACAAAACCAUGCUGGUACUGGGAUAAAAAAGACUUGGCUCAUACACCUUCACAGUUAGAAGGACUGGAUCCAGCUACUGAAGCCCGGUACCGCCGAGAGGGUGCCAGAUUCAUCUUUGAUGUAGGAACACGUUUGGGACUACAUUAUGAUACCCUGGCCACUGGAAUAAUUUAUUUUCAUCGCUUCUAUAUGUUUCAUUCCUUCAAACAAUUCCCAAGAUAUGUGACAGGAGCGUGCUGUCUCUUUUUGGCAGGGAAAGUAGAAGAAACGCCUAAAAAAUGUAAAGAUAUUAUCAAAACAGCUCGUAGCUUAUUAAAUGAUGUACAGUUUGGUCAGUUUGGAGAUGACCCAAAGGAAGAAGUUAUGGUUCUGGAAAGGAUCUUAUUGCAGACCAUAAAAUUUGAUUUGCAAGUGGAACAUCCUUACCAAUUUCUCCUCAAAUAUGCUAAACAACUCAAAGGUGAUAAAAACAAAAUUCAGAAAUUGGUUCAAAUGGCAUGGACCUUUGUAAAUGACAGCUUGUGUACUACAUUAUCACUACAAUGGGAACCUGAGAUCAUAGCAGUCGCAGUCAUGUACUUAGCAGGCCGCUUAUGCAAAUUUGAAAUACAGGAAUGGACAUCAAAACCAAUGUACAGGAGAUGGUGGGAACAGUUUGUUCAAGAUGUUCCUGUUGAUGUACUAGAAGAUAUUUGCCACCAGAUCCUAGAUCUCUAUUCACAAGGAAAACAGCAGAUGCCUCAUCAUACUCCUCAUCAAUUGCAGCAACCACCAUCUCUUCAGUCAACACCUCAAGUGCCCUCAGUACAACAGUCACAGCAAUCUCAAAGUUCUGAACAGUCACAGCCUCAACAGAAAGAGUCCCAGCAGACAGCACAGCAGCAGCAGCAGCAGCAAGCACAACAGUCUAAGAAACCAUCUCCUCAGCCUAGCCCUCCCAGGCAGGUUAAAAGAUCAGUGGUUGUUUCUCCUAAGGAAGACAGCAAAGCAGCAGAACCACCACCAUCUAAAAUCCCCAAAAUUGAGACCACACACCCACCAAUACUACCUGUACAUCCACCUCCAGAACGUAAGCCAACCCUCACAACUGCAGUUUCAAUGGGAGAGGGCGAGCAGACCGGCACAGUGGAGGCUGGAGAUCUACCAAAAGUCCAGAUUCCUCCUCCUAGUCAUCCUGCCCCUGUACAUCAGCCACCUCCUCUUCCUCACCGCCCCCCACCACCACCACCUUCCAGCUACAUUACUGGGAUGUCAACUACAAAUUCCUACAUGUCCGGAGAGGGUUAUCAAAGUCUGCAAUCCAUGAUGAAGACAGAAGGACCAGCCUAUGGGGCUCUGCCUCCAGCGUAUGGACCACCCACUCACUUGCCAUACCAUCCUCAUGUAUAUCCUCCUAAUCCUCCUCCACCUGUCCCACCUCCCCCAGCAUCAUUUCCACCUCCCAACAUUCCUCCACCAACCCCUGGAUAUCCUCCCCCUCCAACAUACAACCCCAAUUUUCCACCUCCACGAUUGCCUCCAACUCAUGCUGUUCCUCCUCACCCUCCUCCAGGGCUUGGGAUGCCACCUGCCAGUUACCCUCCUCCAGCUGUGCCCCCAGGUGGGCAACCCCCAGUGCCACCUCCCAUCCCCCCACCUGGCAUGCCUCCCGUGGGAGGAUUGGGACGUGCAGCUUGGAUGAGAUAACAUGAUGCCUCUUCUCCCCCUCACCCCUUUUUUUUAAAAAUGAAAAACAAAUUUUUUUCGUUUUGUUUUUUUUUUAAUCACUUACCUUUGAAGUAUAGUUUAAAUGGCAAAAUAGUUGAACAGCAGGGUACCUUGUAUAAUGCUAGACAGCUGCAGUACAGAAAGGGAAUGGAAUGGUGAACUUGAACUCUAGUGGGCCUUCUAUAGUGAUGGAUUCAAAAUUCCAAACAGGCUUCUUGUAUAGCUAUUGCAAAGCCAAUUAUCUAACUUUAUACACUUGAUUAAUUUAAAGUCAGUUGUUACUGCACUGGAUUACUUUAUACUAGUGAACAUGUUAACCAGCCAUAUUGGCUCAAUAGUUAUCUGUAAGGAGUAAAUUUCCUUUUAAAAAUCAGUGCCUACUUUUACUGAAAAAUAAGUUUUAAAUAUUCCAGUAUCAUCUAAAGUCAAAACUGUUUUCCUUCAGUAAUUCUCUCCAGCAAGACAUGAUGCUGUUGUCAGACUUUCUUGGUUCUAUUUUCAGUCCUUUAGUUUUAAAAUUGUUUUGGACAAGUUGGCCUUGCCGAAUUUCGGGCUUUUUUUGUUUUGUUUUGUUUUGUUUGUUUUGGUGGGGGGAGACAAGGGAAUGGAAACCGGACCUUGGAAAGUAAUGUAUGUUUACAUCUAUUUACAAAUUCCUGUACAUACAGAUAUAUUUUUAAAGUGUGAAUGUAACAUCAUACUGUGAAUUCCAUCUUGGUUACAAAUGAGACUCCCUCAGUCAGUUACCUACCCAAAUAAAAUCAGUUCUGAAAAAAAUAAGAAUGGUUUGUUGGGAGAGGAGGAAAGUGGAGAGUUGUGUCUUAAAGCUUCGGUGUUGUACCCUACCUUAUUCUCACCCUUGCUCUCCCCUCCCCACCUCUUAUGCUUUUGGAGUUCUGCAUUUUCAUAGCCCCCAAAACAACUCCUAAUUGGAUUCCACCGCUUUCCCCACUGAAUCUCACUAGCUUGGCAGGGACCAAACUGCCACUUUUUAUGAGAAGAUCUAUUAACAACUGACUUUGCAAAAUCUGUUCGAGAGAGAGAAAAACGCACUGGUAAGUUAGAUUGCCUAACUUUAAUGUCUUUGUACUUCUGUGAAUGAUCAUGAGAGUCACACUGAAGUGCUUUUCAGAACUCUUAUGGAAAGUUUUCUAACUAAAGAUCUAACACUGUCAUGGAUCACCCUGGAAAGCUGUGGAUUUGCCUCCCAGAAGAACCUUUAGGCAUAUGUGGGGACAGGCAGCUUAAAACCAACUUCAGUGAUGCCAAUCUUAAUCACAGAGCUUGGAGUCAAUCGUGGCUUGCUUACAAAGAAGUUUCUUUAUUUCAUUUAACUGCAAGUAUACACUAUCACAAUCAUCUCUGACUUCAUUUUACUAAAAUAUUUCAAAUCAAUGUUUUUAACGACACAUUAUCCAAAAAAAAUCUAUUUUCCUCCCAGAAAAUCAAAGUGGUUUCAAUAAAAGGUAAAAAUUCGUGCUAAA